AUGAAGUUCUCCGCCCCACUCAUCCUUGCUGCAGCAGCCAGCUCAGCAUCCGCCCACACAAUCUUCGUCAGCGUCAACGGCGGCGCAGUAGGAGAUGGUGUCCGCGUCCCCUCCUACGACGGCCCCAUCAAUGACGUCUCCACAAACGACAUAGUCUGCAACGGCGGCCCCAACCCCACCGCCAAAACCUCGACCGUCAUAACCCUCCAAGCCGGCUCCACCGCCACCCUAACCUGGCGCCACACCCUCACCUCCGGGCCCAGCGACGUAAUCGACUCCUCCCACAAAGGCCCCGUAAUGGCCUACAUGAAGAAAGUCAGCGACGCGAAAACCGACUCCGGCGUCGGCGGCGGGUGGUUCAAGAUCGCCGAAGACGCGUUUGACGGCUCCAAAUGGGGUGUUGAUCGCUUGAUCGCCAAUAAAGGUGUUCAGACGAUUACGAUUCCGAAGUGUAUUGCGCCUGGGCAGUAUCUUUUGAGGGGAGAGUUGAUUGCGUUGCACUCAGCGAGUAGCAGUAUGGGCGCGCAGUUUUAUAUGGAGUGUGCGCAGAUUAAUGUUACGGGGGGUGAGGCGAGUAAGACACCGGCGACGGUUUCUUUCCCGGGUGCGUAUAAGCAGAAUGAUGCGGGGAUUUUGUACAACCUUUACACGGGGAGUAAGACGUAUACGAGCCCUGGACCGGCGGUGUUUAAGUGCUAG